AUGUGCUUAAUCUCCUUGCUUGCGGCGCCUUCAGGGCCUGACUUGGGUGACUUCAUCACUGGCAAGGACCUGGAGGCAGCAUACUCAGUCGAGGCGCCGUCCUGGAAGGAGCGCAAGCGCAAGCCCGACUGGAUGAAGCGGUCGGUGCCCGGUGGGGAGAAGUACACCCAGAUCAAAUCCAAGCUGCGGGAACUGAAGCUGCACACAGUCUGCGAGGAGGCGCGCUGCCCCAACGUCGGCGAGUGCUGGGGCGGCGGCGACGGGCACACCGCUACGGCGACCAUCAUGCUCAUGGGGGACACGUGCACGCGCGGCUGCAGGUUCUGCGCCGUCAAGACGUCCAGCUGCCUCUUGUGA